AUGUCUUCGACCGCAGACCACUUGUCAGCAGCAUCCACAAAGGCCAUUGCACCACGCUCAAAAUCACAGACAGUUCAGGUCGAAUUCGGAGGUCAAAAGGUCGAUGUACCCAAAGGAGGUUACUAUGACCGCUACCGUAUGAACCCGAACCUGGAUGAGGUAGCUCAGGACCCGAACAUCGGACACGAUAUCGCAUUUCUCCGGAAAAUCCCCAAGAAGCUGGUCGAUUCGAGGGUCGGUCAAGUAUAUGCACCCAAUUUCUAUUAUCGCACUAGCAGCGUCCAGCUCGUCAUCCUCGCGCCUCUUGACCAAUUAAAGUCUAAGCUCCCUGCGCCGUUGGAGCCUCUUACAGCAUUGCCGGGUUACGGCUUAGUUGCCUUGACAUUUUAUUCGUAUCUGGUCUGCGACAAUGAUCCUUACAACGAGGUCUCUAUCGCCAUCAUCAUUCGGCAGCCGGGUAACGCGAGUUAUAGUCCCACACAACUGCUCAGCUCGAUAUGGAACCGAACUUUCUACGGUUAUGUCUUGGCUCUUCCCGUCGAUACCGAGAUUGCUCGGGUGAGGGGAAUUUAUGGAUAUCAACUCCCUAAAUGGCUUGCCAAUAUUAACCUGAAGAUGGACAAUCACGACAUCAAGGCCGACAUCACCGCGACAGACGGAACACCCGAUUUGACACUGGAUGUACCACUUCCCGCGUUGAGGACCAUUCCGUCAGGAUCGCAAAUUGGGACUAACAAUGCAGUCAAUAAGAUUGACGGGAAAUGGUAUCAGGUGGCGGUUCAAACAAACCCCCUCUUGGCGACACAAUGCCUUUUUCCUACCAACGUCAAGCUUACUCGGAACGAAGGCCCAUUGAGCCAACUACUCAACGAGCUGGGCGCUUCGACCAUUUACAUCAACCGUGGACUGAUCGAGGAUUUGCCUACACCCAGAUAUUAUCGAAGUCAGUCAGGAGGUGUAUGA